UUUUGCUUUCCUCUUCAUAUCUCAAAUUUUUCUUCCUUCUUCUUCUUCUGUAAAUCUUCUCUCUCUUUUUUUUGCCCUAUCUUUCUAGGGUUCUUCUUUGCUCUUUCAUGAAUCUUAGUCUUCCUUCUCUAUUAAUCUUCGUCUUCGUUCUUCUUCAAACUUUGUUCAAAUCAUGUCUGGAAUCUUCGGAUUUAGUGGUGAUGAAGAUUUUUUCCUUGGGGGAUCGAUGCAUAAUCUAUCACCAGGGAGCUGUCCCGGUGUCUAUUUCCCAGCGCGUAAGAGGUUACGUAUUGCCGCGACGUCAGUGUUCAGCGGGUUUGAGCAGAAGCAAACUUCGAUCGAUGUGUUGCCAGAUGAGUGUUUAUUUGAGAUCCUUAGACGUUUGCCUUCAGGGAAAGAGAGGAGUGCUUGCGCUUGUGUCUCCAAGCAUUGGCUUCAUCUCUUGACUAGUAUCACUAGGAAUGAAGUGGUUGAGUCUGUUCAGGAUCUUGAGGGUGAAGGGUUUUUGUCAAGAAGUUUGGAUGGUAAGAAGGCUACGGAUUUGAGGCUGGCUGCUGUUUCAGUUGGGACGUCGUCUCGUGGUGGGUUAGGGAAGCUUCAUAUCCGUGGGAGUGGGUUUGAAAGCAAUGUGACUGACGCUGGUCUUGGUGCUAUUGCUCAUGGUUGUCCAUCUCUUAGGGUUCUUUCUCUUUGGAACUUGCCUGCAGUUAGUGAUGUGGGUGUGUCUGAGAUCGCUAGGUCAUGCCCCAUGAUUGAAAAACUUGAUCUUUCACGAUGUCCAGGGAUUACUGACAGUGGUUUGGUUGCAAUCGCUGAGAACUGUGUGAAUCUGAGUGAUCUGACUAUUGACUCGUGUUCUGGUGUUGGCAAUGAGGGUUUAAGGGCUAUUGCACGACGCUGUACCAAUCUGAGAUCUAUCUCUAUCAGGAGCUGCCCACGCAUUGGAGAUCAAGGUGUUGCCUUCCUCUUGGCUCAAGCUGGUUCUUACUUGACGAAAGUGAAACUUCAGAUGCUGAAUGUAACUGGGAUGUCUCUUGCUGUUCUUGGUCACUACGGAGCAGCAGUUACUGAUCUUGUGCUUCAAGGCCUUCAAGGUGUGAACGAGAAAGGUUUCUGGGUGAUGGGAAAUGCAAAAGGG